AUCACGUGAUCAUUGCUAAGUCGCCAUUUUGGGGAGGAGAGAAAAAUCAGGGAAUGAACUGGGUAGUUUUGACUUAAAAUUAGAAGAUUUAACAACGUUUUCUGCUUCUUAGUCAAGAUGUUUGUCAUUUGCGGACCAAAGCUGUCCAUUUGCGGUUUCAUUAUCAGCAUUUGGGCCAUUAUAAUGAUGGGUCUGAUGGGAGUGUUCUUCCUAAUCAAGAGUCCACUGCUGCUGGAAGACAUCGGCCCUGCGACAGACGACGACUGGAAAGAUCGGAAGAAGAUUGACGCUAUAUUCCAGCAGAGUGCGUACAACUGCUGGGUGGUGGCGGGAGUUUAUGCCUUCCUGGGGCUCUUCAGCUACUUCCAGAUGAGGAUGAACAGCAGACAGCAGUACGUCGUCACGUAAAGACACAGCCACCGCAAAAAAUAGAUAAUGUUAUACGCAACUCAUUUUUUUUGUACAGUAGAAUCUUUGUUGUAAGAAAUGAUGAUGAUGAUAAGAAACUAGUUGUUACAAGUAUGAAAUAGUAGCCUGGGCGUCACACUGUAGGCCAGCUAGACCCUGAGCAGCAACUGAGGGGGUCUGUGGUAAAAUUUCCCUUGGGGACAUGUUGGCCCUGGAGCCACUGAGCUAGCCUGCCAACAGUCUGGCACCCAGGCUAAUGAAAUAGAGGAGGCCAGGGCAUGGAACUAUGCUAAUACAUUGUAGCUUGGAAGAAAACAAAAUGAGAGUUGAUUCUUACUCAUAAAAUACAUAUGUGGAUGUUGUGUAAGGUGUUAUUUGUGUUAUACAGUUUGUACUUGUUAUGAGAUAUUAGACAAUUUGCUGUUAGAAGCUGGACAAGCAAGAAUUGAUUGGUCUAAAAAUGUGAACUAAGACUUUUUCUGUCAUCGAUUAUUCAAAUUUUGACAACAAAGGGUUAUUUGGGGAUAUGUUGCUUCUUAUGUAUACUAUGAUAUGAGGUUUAGGGUAUGUAUAUGAUGAUCUGAUGGUGUCAAUGUUAUACAUGGUUCCACAAUCCAGCUCUGGAAAAGGAGUUUUCCAUUUCUUUGUGGCUCUAUUAGUGCUGUACUAACUAAUGUAAUAAGUUAUAGUAAAUUAUUAUGUGCAACUCAGUACAAAGUGAAGGGCUGAGCUUUUGGUAAUAAGAUGGUGAAUUGUGAGCUUUUCUUCUGAAGCGAUUAAGGCCUGAUAAUGUUUGGAAAAACAGUCCUGUAACAUAUUCUGAAUUUCAUUUGAUUUCUUUCAUCCUGAUUCUAUAUGAAAAGAAAUGCCUGUAAGUAGUUCUACAUGCAGACAUGAUACUAGGAUUAAAUAGUGAAUGUAAAAAGACAGAAGCUAGUGAAGUUUAACAGUACAAGCAAGUCACAUGAAGACUGAUAUAUUAUUGUGAACCAUAUGCAUAUUAGGUAAUUAUAAUAAAAUGUCAGGUAAGAUGAAAUAACACUCAACACGGAUGUCCAUCCAGUUCUUUGUAUCCAUUCAGUUGUAAAAUCUAGUACAGUAUAAAUGUGAAAAAAAGGAAGACUAGAACAAUUGCUGUACAUUGGUGGUAGUGUACAUGUUACUGUAUAUGGGAAACAAUGCUGCAGUUGAACACUUUAUGGACUGUUCAGCUUAUAUUCUAAUAAUAUGCAGUUGUUGGUGUGAUAGCUCUAUGUGUCAGUUACAAAGUCUGCAAACAAUUCCAAGAUAUUCAGAAAGACUAAGAAACUUGAUAUGACAAAUGAUGUUUUGGUGAAACUAUCGGUAAGCAUCGAUUUGUGAAUUUUAUGUACCUUAUCUUUACCACACCCCGUAUGUACAUUGUAUACAGUGUGCCCAAUACAAGUGCAAUACAACUU